ACUCUUUCCACUGUGUCAGCGCCACUACGAUGACAAAAGGAAGAUGAACGGAAAAAAUGCGCAGCGUUAGCCCAGCCCUGCUUGGAAUCUUCCACGCUCACCCUGUUCUUGGCUGUUUACUCAAAUCAUCCAACGCCGCUGCUCUCCCAAUCGUACGGUCCAAGACGAUCCCAACCUCGAGCCGGCACACCUCCACUCGCUCAUCCCCUUCCCUGAACGCUCACAGAUAGCCGCCCUAUUCCGUACCUUCACAGCAGCAAUGCUUUUGCUACCCACUUACAUCUCAUCCGCCGCGCCUACCUCCCCUGGCGUUGGAACCCAUUUAUGGCCCCACGCUGUCUCCGAUUCGGCAUCAGCUUAUCAUCGGGCGGCGACUGUGGGUGAACGCAUAGCCACCACGAGUCCCGUUGGGACCUUGGAUUCCUUUUGAUCAGUACGCAUUGAUCUAAAAGAAAGAGUUUCCACGUGGGCCGUACGAUGAUCUGGAUGGACGACGACGAUGGUAAUAAGCUUACGCAGAGUUCACGGUGACAAUAUAACGGACGUCGAACGACCAACGGACGAACUUGCGAUAAUCCGCAUCAACGGUUCACCAGACGUAAAGGAGAAUCUUGGGCGUUUGUCGCCAAACAAGGGUUCCGGACAUAACGAACCCCUCGCACGACCGGCAGCAUCCCGUUUCUGUCCCCGAUCCAUGUGAUUUCACCGGAAUCUAGAAUCUGCCACCGGUUCUGCGGGUGGACCAAAGCGGGAGUCUGGUCCGACGACACGACGCCGUCGGCAUGUGUCGAAAUCGUGUGAACGGGAUAAACGCAAAAGUAACUGCGACGCUGAGGCGGUUAGCUUGGAUCAGAUCCACAGUUUUUUCUCCGGUUUUAGCCUGCGCUUCUCGGUGAGAAAGGAUAAAGAGGGCGAGGCAUGGGGAAGUACACGAGGAAGUGCAGCAGAGGGGUCGAGAAACUCUCGGUGAUGGAGGUGACCCAGGUGGUGGGGGUGAGGAGGAGGGCAAGGGUCCCCGCCGUGGCCGUCGCCGCUGACGCGGCCUCCGCCAGAAGUUCGAAGCGGAGGAAGACGGCGCCGCAGCGGACGACGGAGGUUGUGCAGACGUCGUCCUACCUCCAGCUUCGGAGCCGCCGCCUCUUCAUGACAUUCCGAAGACCAAGGCUGCUGGCAGCGAAUUCGGCUGCCUACAGCACCGGCCCUGCUGUGGAGGGUGUCUCCCGGUGCUCGAGCAACGUUUCCGGCGACGUGGUGGUGGAUGAGCAGGAGGGCGAGGGUCUAGAGCGCUUGACGUGCAAUUUUGGAUCCGGAAGAGCGAGAGAGACGACCCCCUCGAGAGAUGCACGACGCGAAGCGAGCGAUCGGAAAUCAACCACAGCAACAUCGACUUCAAGAACGAAGACAGAGGUGGAGAUCGAGGAGUUCUUCGCGGCGGCGGAGAGGGAGCAGGCGCAGCGCUUCGCCGCCGAGUACAACUACGACGUCAUCGGCGACGUUCCGUUGGACGGCCGCUUCGAGUGGGUUCGAAUCCUCCGAUGAAGCGAAAUGGCCAAAAACCGAGAAGAAAAUGACUUGUUCUUCAAAUCUCUAUUUGAUCUGGUUUUCCUUCAGGGAGUUUGUGGUUUCUUCUAGAAGCUAUGUACAAAAUUGUACGUUAAACAACCGCCAUUUCGUCUCUGUUCGCUGGCCAUUUCUCCACCUCCUGUCCGAGUCACAGACAGAAGAGGAGGAAGGAGAAUAGUCUGUUUGGUCACCCGUGUUGUACUCCUAAUAAAUGCUCAUCUGCUCUCC